AUGUUUUCAAUUUCAAAUAGUUUUACCCAGUCUAAUAGCAAUUCUAACACUUCAAAUAAUGCAACAGAUACUCCACCAGUCCAACAACAACAAAAUAAACGGCCCAUUCCUCCAACUCAAAAUGUCCCUCCAAUUAUACGUUCAACUUCGAAUCAUUCAAAUGCUUCAACUUCACAACAACAUGCUGUUAAUUUUUCUGGUAGUAAUAGUAAUAUACAACAACAACAACCAUUACAACAACAACCACAAAGAAUUUCUACACCAUCAGCUGUUAUUAUGACUUUAUCAUCUCCUCCUCCAAAUAUUCAACAAAAUCCACCAUCUAUCCAUCACCCCAUUCCACAACAACAACAUAAUAUUGGUGGUCCAAACCUUCACCAUUCUGAAAUUCACCAUAUUUCUGUUUCGUCUCCAACUCCAAUUAUUCCACAAUUAUUACAACAACCUUUAAAUGUUUCUGGUUCACGUUUUGUACAACAACACCCCCAACAACACCCACAGCAACAACCCCAACAGCAACAACCCCCUCAGCAUCAUCCUCAACGUCUUCCACAAUUACUUCCAUUAAAUUGCCCAUUACCUGUUGUUGGUUCGCCGCCAAUUUCUUUACCUAAUACACCUCUAACUCCUGUUAUGCAUGGACCGCCUGAUCAGAUGCAAAUUAUGAGACAGAAUAUAGUAUUGCAACAGCAACAACAUAUUGGUCAACAACAACUUCAACAGCAGCCUCAUCAACAACAACAACGUUCUAUUCAACAACAACAACCUUGUCUUCCUCAUAGACAACCACCACCACCACAAUUUCGUAUGCAACAAAUUCCACAAAAUCAUGCUGGUCCAAUGCCCCAUCAAAUUCAACAACAAAAUAUUUGUCAAAAUUCACAACAAUCAAUGUUUAAUCAACAACAACCACAUCAACAACCUCCACCACAUAUUAUUCAACAACAACAGAUGCAGCAACAUCAGCACUAUAUGACAGCACAAAGACUUCAUUUACAGCAACAACAAUUGAUGCUUUCACAGCAGGCAUUGAAAAAAAUUUUUUUCUAG